AUGAAAGUAUUGAAAUGUUGUUCUAAUAAAUAAUGUCGUCAUUGUUAUCACGAAUAGAGUGGAGAAGAAAUUAACAGAGGAUAAUUUUAAAAGAAAUUAAUUACUAUCAUCUAUCAUAAUGAUUUGUAAAGAAAGACAUAAAAGAAGGUAAAGAUGGGAUAUUAAUUCUUAAAUUUAUUUUUUUUGAUUUAAACACAUUACUUUGAUUAUUUCGAAAAUGAAACAUUUCAUUUGCUGUUGUUUUCAAUUAAAAUUGGGAAAAUAGAUUUACGUAUUAGAUUUAUUAAGAACACUAAAAAAAAAAAUCAGAAAAUUGAUUAUUUUGGUUCAAAGAUUUAUAAUGUAAAUUAUUAAAAUUAGAUAUUUUAUGGUUAUCCUCAUAUUAGUUAAAUUGUUAUAUAAGUUACUUAAAGGAGAUAGUAGAUUAUUUGUUUGCUUUAAGAAUUGGAUUCAAAAGGAAUUUUAAAGAGAUUCUAAGAUUAGAUAAUAUUGAUUGGAAAAGAAUUGUUAGUAAUCAGAUUAUGAA